AUGAGCGCGAUUCGUACGUUCAGCGAAGCCGCCUCUGCUGCGGUCUCGCCCGCUUCCCUCGCUUCCACCGCCGCCGCAGCUGCAGCGUCCGUCGUGGCUGCCUCUGCAUCAGCAUCCUCAAGCCCUGCUGCAGCGUCCGUCGUGGCUGCCUCUGCAUCGAGCCCUGGCGCUGGCACGGGAGCAACCGGUCAUCGCGCGCCUCGUGCGCCAAAGCAGCCCAAAGCCGCGGUCGAUGCCGGCGCCGCUCCCAACAAGCGAUCGCCCAAGCCCGCCGCCUCAGGCUCAUCGAGUUCGUCAUCUGGCGCAUCCGGCGCGUCUGGAAGCGGUGCAGCGCCCAAAAAGUCAGUCCUGCUCCCGUCGCCGUUGCCAAUUGCGGACAUUGGGAUCAAUCUUGCGCACGACCACUUUGCCCGCGACGUCGAGCACUUUCUACGUCGGGCUGCAGAAGUCAACGUCACGACCAUGGUGAUUACCGGCACAAGCAUGCGCGGCUCAGUUGAAGCGCUCGAGCUCGCGCGACGACAUGGGAUGCAUGCCACAGUCGGUGUGCACCCGCACGAUGCCAAGUCUUGCACGACGGGCACCAUCCCAAAAAUGCGCCAGCUCUUCACGUCCGCAGAUACUGCUUCCUUGGCGGUGGCCGUCGGCGAAUGCGGCCUUGAUUUCGAUCGAAAUUUCAGCCCUCAGGAUGUGCAGAUGAAGUGGUUUGAAGAACAGCUCAAGCUGGCCGUUGAGCUGAAAAAGCCAGUCUUCCUGCACGAGCGCAGUGCGCAUGAGGCGUUUGUGCGCAUUCUCGAGCCGUACAUGCCGCAGCUCACUGGCGCGGUUGUUCAUUGCUUUACGGGCACUGAUGCCGAGCUGAAAAAGUACUUGAGCAUGGGUUGCCACAUUGGCAUUACUGGGUGGAUUUGCGAUGAGCGCCGCGGUACCGACCUUGCCAAGAUUGUCCACCAGAUUCCUCUUGACCGGCUGAUGAUUGAAACGGACGCGCCGUACCUCAUUCCGCGCAACAUUCGACCCCGACAAUCUCAAAACGAACCGGCAUUCCUUCCUUACGUGCUAGAGAUGGUCGCACAAUGCAUGGGCAAGAGCGUUGAGGAAGUUGCUCGUGGCACCUUCGAAACGACACGUCGAUUCUUCCAGCUGCCAGAGAGCGCGCUGCCGGCUGCUGCUAGUUCUUGAAGCGUGGUUUUUUUUUGAUGUCACAUUUAGCAUUUGUUAUUCUCGGAAUUAAGUAUAAUCUCGCC